AUGAAUACAACAGCGACCGAUGAAGGUUCAGCAUUAGCAAAAGAAUAUACUGAAUAUCAAAAGAAAAAAAUGGCUGAUGCAAACAUUAUAUUAAUGUUUGGACAUUUACUUGCUGAUAUGGGUGAAUUUGAAAAAUCUCAAAAAUAUUUUGAAAAUGUUUUGCGCGGUCGUCCAAAUGAUGAAGAAGUUGCAUGUGUCUAUAAUAAUAUCGGUCGUGCUCUUCGUCUAAAAGGUGAAUAUCAACGUGCAUUAGAAAAUUAUCAAAAAUCUUAUAACUUACAUAUGGCUGCAAAACAUCCCCGUUUAGUUAGUGCUAGUAAAACAUUAAACGGUAUCGGAAUUACUUACAGUCAAAUGAAACAAUAUGAUCAAGCUUGGCUAUAUUUUACACGAGCAUUAAAAAUGUAUGAAAAAUGUGUGCCAGAAAAACAUAUGGAUGUAGCCGCUACAUUGGGUAAUUUAGGCACAGUCUAUUUAAAUCGACAUGAAAAUGAGAAAGGAAUUGAAUGUUUGAAACGAGCUCAAAAAAUAAAUUUAUCAUUAUUACCUCACAAUCAUCCAAAUGUAGCAACGGCAAUGGCCAAUAUUGGAAGUUUUCAUUUGAGAAAUAAAGAAUAUGAUAAGGCAUUGGAUUGUUAUACGAAAGCUCAAAAACUAGCUCAAACAACAUUACCUGCAAAUCAUCCUCUUCUAUUAAAUAUACAAAAAUGUCUACAGUUUAUCCAUAAUAAAAACAAAAUUAUAAUAACUUACUUUUAG